GUAGGCCGGGCUCGUCCUCCCCGCGGCCCAGAACAGCUCGCGCUGCCGCCCGCGCCCCGUGCUGCCUUGUCAUCAUGGCGGCCUCUCUGCCCCGGGGCCGGCUGCUGACGAUGGAGGAAUUCAGUGACACACCUUUGCUCUGCAUGCCCUUCCAUGUCAGACACCAAAUUGUUGGAAUGCCCCUCUGCUGCCAUCUGUCACACAACUAGAAAAUAUAACAGGAUAUUGUUGUUGCAGAGCAGGGCUGCGCAGAGCCAAGGACAUUUCAGCUGCUGGUACAGACCUGCCAGUGAGAGGCUGGGGGGACACAAGGAGCUGGGAGGGAACAGAACCAGGCCAGCUGACCUAAACUGGCCAAAGGGAUAUUCCGAACCAUUUGGCAUGUAAAACCAGAGAGAAUAGGUCAGGAGGAGAUCUGCAGCGUUGGGACGGUCUGGGCAUCAGUCGUCUGGUGGGCAUGGCGUCAAACACCCAAGAGGAUCAGAAGCAGAGUGACUCUGCGGAAAUGGGCAAUGCAAGCAAGCUACAGCAGGCAGGGCCAUGUCAGGCAGCAGACAACCGGUGUCCCAUCUGCCUGGACGCCAUCUGCCAAGCUGCCCAUGUGCCCACCUGCUUUCACCGUUUCUGCUUUAGCUGUAUCUGGCAGUGGGCUGCCAUCAAUGCUGUGUGCCCCAUCUGCAGGCAGCCUUUUGACCGCAUCUUGGGCGCGAUGCAAGCAGAUGGUGACUACCAGCAGUACAUGCUCAGCACGUUCACCCAUCACCAGAGGCAUGCAGCGAGGGGGAGGAUGUGGAACAGAUCCCCACGGCAGCGCUACAACCUGCGCCUGCGUCACAGCAAUGAUCAGUCCGUAGCAGGGAGUACAGAGCCUGCAGGGCCCUCUGGCAUCUCUGCACCCAGCACCUUCAGAGAGCCAGCCCAGCCGAAUGCUGUGCAGCGCCCACCAAGCCCCGUGGACGAGCAUCCCAGAAACAUCAGCAUGCUGCUGCUGCGUGCUCGGCUCCUGCGUUUCCUUGAGAUGGAAUAAACAGCCGUAAGCAUUCCAAAGAACAACCGUCUGCAGGAAAUGUUUUCUAGUUCUAUCUCAGCAAUGUGCUUCUUGGAGUGUGUUAUGAUUUUGUUUCCUAGAAUUGCUGCAGCAGAGCAUGUUUUGUUCUUCUGCUCCUGCCUCCCUCUUCUAAGUGCUGGGAGAGGGCAGUCUGAGCCUUGUAAUAAUCAGCCAGGGAACGUGUCCUGAAGACCUGCUAAUGCAGAUGCUGUAAAGACUAGCCAUGCUGGUAGCCCUGUACCUGGAUCCCUAGAGCUUUCUCUAAGCAGGCUGGAGGAAGCCCAAAGCCUCCUAGCAUACAGCUAGACAAAUGCAUAAUGCAACAGGUGAACAACUGGCUGGUGUAUCAAGCUCAAAGGAUGUUACAUCAGGAUGGCAACUAGUCACUAGAGGGGGCUCCCCACUGCUACAUUUUAGGUACUGCUACAUUUCUCUGAUGUUUUCACAAAUGACCUGGAUGCAUGAAUUGAAGACAUACUGAGUAACUUUGCCGGUGGCACUGAACUGGAAGCAGCUGUUGACUCUUUAAGGACAGAGAAGUCUUUCAGAAUUCUUGACGGAUUGAAGGGCUAGGAAAUCACCAGCCUAAUGAAGUCCAACUAGAGCAAGUGCUGGAUUCUGCAGCUGGGCAGUCCUGGUUGUACAUACAGACUCGGAAACAAGAGACUGCAGAGCAGCCCUGCAGAGAGGAAUCUGGCAGUUCUGGCUGUCCACAAGUAGAGCAUGAGCCAGCAGCGUGCCCAGGCAGCCAAAAGGGUCAGCCAUACCCUGGAGUGCACCAGGCCCAUCAUUGCCAGUGGGUGAGGGAAGGGAUUGUCAUGAUCUGCUGUGUGCUGUGCAGUCUCACCUCAAGGACUGUGCAAUUUUGGGUGCACAUUGUGAUUUAACACUGGCAGUCAGAUGCUGAUCAUUCACUCUACCCUGGUAGGAUGGGGGCAGAAGAGAAAAAUUGCAAGAAAUCAUGGGUUGAGAUAAAAGCAGAUUAUUAGGUAAAGCAAAAGCUGUGCAUGAAAGCACAACAAAACAAGGAAUUAAUUUGCUACUUCCCAUCAGGAAAAUGUUCAGGCAGUUCCAGGAAAGCAGGGCUCAUUUUGUGCAACAAUUUAUUCGGAAGAAAAAUGCCAUCAUUCCAAAUGUCCCCCUUUCUCUUUUUGUCUAGCUCUUAAAAGUGAGCAGGAGGCUACGUGGCAUAGAAUAUGCCUGUGGCCAGUUUAGGUCAGCUGUCCUGGCUGUGUCCCCUCCCAACUCCUUGUGUAUACCUUACUUUUUGCUGAUAGGGUGGCGCAAGAAACUGAAUAGUCCUUGACUAAGUGUAAGCACUGUUCUGCAUCAACUGAAAACACUGGUCUGUUAUCAGCAUUAUUUUCAUAAUAAAAUAAAAGAAAUCACAGCAACGUAUCAGCUACUGUGAAGAAAAUUAACUUUAUUCCAACCAAAACCAUGACAGAGCUACAAUAUAAGAAGGAAAUAAAAUAUUAGAAAGCCUCCAAAAGAGAGCUAUAAAGAUAGUUAAAGGUCUCAAGGGCAAGAUGUAUGAGGAGCAAGUGAGGCCUGUGCGUGUGCUGAGCACAGAGCAGAGGAGCUGAGGGGAGGCCUGAUGGCGGCUGCAGCUGGGGCUGGGGACAGGGUCCGAACCCAAGAGGGAGAGUAGUCAGGCACUGCAGCAGGCUGCCCAGUGCAUGCCAUGACCUCAAACUGCUGGAGUUCAAGAAACAUUUGGACAGUGAUGUCAGACAUGCAGUUUGAAUUUUGGUGGUCCUGUGUGGAGUUGGUGGUGCCUGUGGGUCCUCGGUCUGUGAUCCCUGGUCUGAUCUUGUUGGUGCUUCUUGGAACAGGAGGCUGCCCUGGACAUCUCUCAUUGUCCUUUCCAAGCCAGAGUUUCCUAGGAUUGUCAGUCUUCUUGCCCACCCUGCUUUCUCCAUUAUGCAUCUGGACUCAUCCCAUUCCCUCACCUUUGGAUCUUCACCAAGACAUCCCAGCAUGAGUAUCUGAACAACACCCCUUAUAAUAUUUGUAGACCCCCAAAUGCUUUUGCCCUGUAUCUCACAAGGACUAAUGCAGUCCUGGCAGCUCCCUCUGACUGAACACUGCCAGAGCUUGCCCUGAGGUGUUGGAGUCUCCAUCGUCAUCUCCAGCCAUCUGGAUAUGGACCUGGACAACCUUCUGUAGGUAAUCCUGCUAGAGCAGGUCCAGGGGUCUCUACCAACCCCAAUCAUUCAGUGAUUUUGUUAAAUAGUUGGUGAGAUUCAAGAGUAAACUGCACCCACUUCUCUACAAUAUCAAAGUCCUCCAUUCUAAAACUGCCUAUUUACGCCAGAGAAGAGAAAGCUAAGGGGUGAAUCCUAUUAGUGUAUAUAAAUAGAUUAUGGGAGGGAGUAAGAAAGACAGAGACAGACUCUUCUCAGUGAUAAUUAGUGGACAAUUAGAGAAGAGGCAAUGAGCAGACACCGAAAUAUUAGAAAUUUGAUAAACCAUUGCUUGCUGUGGCAUAAACUCCUAUCUGUUAUUGACAGGGAAAACCUGUCCUUUCUAUAUGUUUGCAGUAACAACUAAGACAGUAACAUAUUGAUUGCUUACCCUCAAAAAUAACACAAAGGGCAAUGCAGUACACAGGUAAACACAUAGUUUGUUAUCAUAUGUACUGGAAAGUCCAUGCAUCUGACUGAGGGCAUUAAAUGUCCAAAAGCUUAAAUAAAUGUGUUGAAUUCUGUAAUUUUCAUCACUUGAUUUUUUUUGUUUGUUUUUAUUUUUACUUUUUUUAAGAUCCACAGUACUAAAAACAGUAUUACAUCAGUUCCUCUUGAGAGGACAUGAAGAUUGCUUUAUACUCAUAAAUAAUUUCAUACUCCUAAAAAUCUAGUUAGAGUGUAACUAUUGAAUCUGGUAACUACUAUAUCUGGUAUGCUUUAUUUUCCCUAUUACAUAGAUAUAAAUACUUCAAUAUUUUGAUUUCCAAGACACCAUGCUUGUGCAGAGGACAAGCAAAUAAAUAAAGGUGUCAUGGCUUUAUGAUUUUUGUUAUCAGUAUUCCACAUCAUAACAUCAUGUAGUGCACAGGGAGUUAAAGAAUUAAUGCUCCAAUUCUGUGGAUUGUCAAUAGUUUUGGCUAUGCCUGUUUCAGAAGAGAAUAACUACAUAUCCCAGAGAAUUUUUCGUCUCCAUUUUCCGUUCAGAGGGGAAGAUAAAACUGCUCACAGAUCACCAGAUGUCCUCUCUGCUCAUCUCUGCAGCAUGUGUUCCCUAGCUGUCUCACCUUUGGCAUUAGAGUAAGGCCUUCGGUUUUU